CCACCGCCAUAAUGUCACUCAAAACAAUCUGGCAGCAAUUCUUCCCAUCCGCGCCACCCACCUUCACCGAGGCGGACCUCGCGCCCGGCAGCCAAGCGGGCAAAGUCUUCAUCGUAACGGGCGCCAAUUCGGGCAUCGGGAAAGAGCUCGCCAAAUUCCUCUACCCCACCGGCGCGACCAUCUACCUCGCCGGCCGGUCCGAGGAACGUAUCGCCAAGGCCAUUGCCGAGAUCGAGGCCACCGCACCCGCCACAAACACCAAGGGAACUCUCAAAUCGCUCCAUGGACUCGACUUCAGCGAUCUGCGCACCGUCAAGCCAGCCGUCGAGGCCUUCGCAGCCCAGGAGAAGACGCUGCACGUGAUAUGGAACAACGCCGCCAUGGGCUGCGUGCCGGGGUCGUCGACGCCACAGGGCCUUGAAGCGCACAUGGGCGCCAACGCAGUCGGACCAUUUCUAUUCACCAGCUUACUUCUGCCGUUUCUGCGCGCUGGCGCAAAGAGCGCCGGCCGCGCGUCGCGCGUCGUCUGGACCGGGUCUGUCCAGAUCGAGAUGAACGCGCCGCCGGGCGGGAUCGACUUUCCGCGCCUCAAUGGCGGCAAGACCGUCACGCAGUAUGUGGAUUACGCGGCGUCGAAGUGCGGGAACCUCUUCCUUGCGCAUGAAGCCGCGGCGAGGUGGGGCGGGGAGGACAUUAUCAGCGUGUGCCAGAAUCCAGGGAACUUGUACACGGCCAUCUAUGCAGGCGAACACUGGCUGUUCGUGCUUUUCUUGCGGAAAUUCGUGCUCUACGACGCCAAAUACGGCGCCUACACGAUGAUGUUUGCGGGCUUCUCGGACAGGAUCACGGCGGCGCAGAAUGGGUGCUACAUCUGGCCGUUUGGCGUCAUCAAGCCUAAUUCGCGGGAGGAUGUGUACAAGGCGAUCGGCGAGGGGAAGGCGGCGCAGUUCUGGGAGUGGUGCGAGGAGAAAGUGAAGCCGUUCAUGUAAUUCUAGCUAGUGUACUGUACAAUACAACUACCAUCUUAUCA